AUGUCCGACAUCAAGGGAGAGAAACAGGCCACAACCACUACUCAUGCUGUCCAUAAUGAUAACGUCGCCUUGGAGGAGAUACGCCAUUCCGAUGAUGUCCUGCUCGCGAAGCUCGGAUACAAGUCAGAAUUCAAGCGAGAAUUUUCUCUCAUCGAGACAGUGGCGUUUGCCUUCUCUAUCAUGGGUGUCGUCGCCUCCGUGUCGUCGACAUUCUCGUUCCCCCUUGUGUCAGGCGGCCAUGUCGGCAUGGUGUUUGGCUGGUUAAUUCCAAGUUUGUUCGUGCUGACUGUCGCUGCAUGCAUGGCCGAGCUCGCAUCAUCCAUGCCGACGAGUGCUGGGCUCUACUACUUUUCGGCGAAACUAGCACCAGCAAAGUGGUCCGCGCUUGCAAGUUGGAUCACUGGCUGGUCAAACAUCACUGGUCAAGUGACGCUCGUAUGCUCAAUCGACUUCACUUGUGCCCAAAUGAUUACGACCGCGAUAGCUGUAGGGUCUGACGGUGCGGUGAACCUCGGCAGCGGGCCCACCUACGGUAUCCUGAUUGCCAUCCUCUUCGCGCACGGCUUCGUCUGCUCCGCCGCCACGAAUAUCCUCGCGCGGCUGAACCUGUUCUACGUGGUUAUCAAUGUCGGCACGACGAUUGCUGCCAUCAUCGCGUUACUUGUCUGCGCGGGGGAUAACAAGGUCUCAACCGCAGAUGCAUUCACUCUCUUUGAGAACAACACUGGCUGGACAAAUAACGGCUGGGCGUUCUUACUCGCGUUCACUGCGCCGAUGUGGACUCUGACUGGGUAUGAUUCCGCUGCGCACAUCUCGGAAGAGACGUCAGGUGCAGCGCGUGCGGCCCCGAUCGCUAUCCUCAUCGGCGUCGCGGGGACUGCAGCGCUCGGGUGGAUCCUGCUCAUAGCUGCGUCGUUCGCGACCGCGUCCGUCACGGCGGUACUUGACACGACGCUGCCGCUGCCGAUGGGCCAGCUCUUCUACAUGGUGCUCGGCAAGCGGGGCAUGCUUGCGAUCUGGAGUUUCAUUAUCGUCGUGCAAUUCGUCACGGGCGCCGCACAGGGCGUCGACGCGUCACGGGUGGUCUUCGCGUUCGCGCGUGACAACGCGCUGCCUGGCUCGCGCUGGUGGAAGCGCAUGAACUCGCACACGCAGACGCCCGUUAAUGCGGUGUGGCUCGUCAUGGUCCUCGCGGGGAUUUGCGGCCUGCUAGGGUUCUCGGCCGCAGCGCUCUCGUCGCUUGCUGGCGCAUCCGUCAUCGGUCUGUACGUGUCCUACAUCGUCCCCAUAUUCCUGCGCAUCACGUCAGGUCGGGACAAACUCGUGAAAGGACCUUUCUCUCUCGGGCGGUGGUACAUGCCCCUCGGGAUCGUCGCCGUAGCAUGGGUCUGCUUUAUCGUCGUCCUCUUACUCUUCCCGCCCUCACAGACGACUACCGCGCAGACAAUGAACUACGCGGUGGUGAUCAUCAUGGGCGUGUUUUUCUUUGCCGCAGCGUCUUGGGUGCUCUCCGCACGCAAGUGGUUCACUGGGCCGAUCUCGAACGUCAAUGAAGGUGCUAGCGCAUAUGACGAGAAGCAUUCCGCGGACACGUCCGUGUCAGUGCAUACCACGUAG